AUGCACAACAGUAUUGGGCUGGUCUAUCAUGCCGAAAAAAGAGAUGAACUAGCAAAUAAACACUAUAGAAAAGCUGUUGCCAUCCAAGAAAAAACUUUGCCGUCAACUCAUCCUGAUCUGGCUGCGUUGUACAACAACCUUGCUGAUACAGAACGUCGAUUAAAAAACGAGUACAUCGCACUGCAGUAUAUCGAAAAAACACUUUCUAUUCAAGAAAUCCAUCUUCAUCCGAAGCAUCCAGAAAUUGCUCGAACAUAUAGCAAUAUGGGAACUAUUUUUAUGACCAUGGGGAAAUAUUUGGAUGCGGACUUUUACAUAAGAAAAGCACUGGAAAUUCAAGAAGAAGUACUACCAUCGACACAUCCUGAGCUAGGUAAAACGUAUGGUAAUCUUGGCCUUUUACAUUGCUUCAAAAAUGAAUGUUUUGCUGGACUAGAUUAUCUUCAAAAAGCGCGUAGAAUUUUUUCUAUAGUAUUUUCACCGGAUCAUCCUGAUUUAGCAUGUAUUGACAAAAUCAUCUCGGAUGUUCAAUCACGCAUGUCUUCGCAAAUAUGGUAA